AUGGAUGAAGAAUACGCUUGUCUGCGAGAGGAACUAAAUGAGACCCGUCGCGAGCGUGAUAGCAUGGUUACUGCGAUGCGUUUAAUGGGCCCUGUUUCCGCUCGCGAAUCUCCUGCCCUAUCUACGCUUCCUACUAGCAAGAAGUCCACGAAGAUGCCCGAUCCCCCAAUGUUAAGCGACGGAAAGGACGUUAAGUUCAAGGCCUGGAAGACUGAGAUGCGCCGGAAACUCCUCCUGAAUGAAGACCAUUACCCUACUGCUGCGCAUCAGCUGGCCUACGUGAGUAGCCGUUGCGAAGGAAAGGCCCUAAGACACGUUAAUCCUCGCAUGCAAGAAGACGCGAUGGCCCCAUACAAAACUGUCAAGGACGUUUUCGAUCACUUAGAGGGUGUGUUCCACGACCCAAAUCAGAAGCAGAUCGCGCGUGACGAAUAUUACAACCUAAAGAUGGGUCCAAAGCAGGACUUCACCGAUUUCCUAGCAGAAUUCACUUAUCUCGCCGAAGAAUCUGGACAACCUAAAGAUCUCCGCAAGCGCGACCUUUACCGAAAACUCCCUACCUUGCUACAGAACCAAGUGAUGAUCAGUGCAGGCGACGAUAGCACGCUAGAUCAGUUUAUCCGCAAGUGUCAGAUUGCAUCCCGGCUGAUCGCACAGCAAGUAGCGAGCCGUUCAGGAAGCAGUAGACGAGGUCGGGAUGUGAACCCUUCCUCGAACAAGAAUAGCGGUCAAAGCCAAGAGAACCCGCUAGCCCAAAAGAACCCUGCCGGAACCGACACUGCAAGAAAGGCCACAUUAAUGAAGGAAGGCCGUUGCUUUAUUUGCGAGGAACAAGGUCAUAUCUCUCGCAAUUGUCCUAAAAAGACCACUACCACCGCUGUUGCUACUGCGGGCUCAGACCUAGUCGCUGCAGAAGAAUCCGACUCUGACAGCUCGGGAAAAGCCUAA